AUGAAGCUCAGCUUAGAACUAGGAGUAACAACAACACUUCUUCUAUGUGCUGCUAUUUCUUUCUUCCACAUUACUUCAGCUGAAGAUCCAUAUAAAUUCUUCAACUGGAAUGUUACUUACGGUGACAUUUACCCACUUGGAGUUCGCCAAACAGGUAUAUUGAUCAAUGGACAAUUCCCUGGUCCAGACAUUCAUUCUGUUACAAACGACAAUCUCAUUAUCAAUGUCUUCAACAGUUUAGAUGAACCCUUUCUCAUAUCCUGGAAUGGGAUCCAGCAGAGAAGGAAUUCAUUUGAGGAUGGUGUAUUUGGAACAACAUGUCCAAUUCCACCAGGGAAGAAUUUCACUUACAUACUUCAAGUGAAAGAUCAAAUUGGAAGUUUUUACUAUUUUCCAUCUCUUGCAUUUCACAAAGCAGCUGGUGGUUUUGGAGGUAUUAGGAUACUGAGUAGGCCAAGAAUUCCAGUUCCUUUUCCUGAUCCGUCUGGUGAUUACACUGUGCUUAUUGGUGAUUGGUACAAGUCCAACCAUACGACUCUAAAAGCCCAUCUUGAUAAUGGAAAGAAGCUUCCUAUACCUGAUGGAAUCCUCAUCAAUGGUCGCGGCCCUAAUGGAUUAUCUUUCAACGUCGAACAAGGAAAGACUUACAGGCUUAGGAUAUCAAAUGUGGGAUUACAACAUUCCCUUAACUUUCGAAUUCAGAAUCACAAAAUGAAGUUGGUAGAAGUUGAAGGGACACACACUCUUCAAACUACGUACUCCUCACUUGAUGUUCAUGUCGGACAAUCCUAUUCAGUGCUAGUAACUGCUGAUCAACCUUCUCAAGACUACUACAUUGUGGUUUCCACAAGAUUCUCGGCGAAGAUCCUCACCACUACUGGCGUACUUCGCUAUAGUAACUCUGCAGGCCCGGUAUCAGGCCCGCCUCCUGGUGGACCGACGAUUCAAGUUGAUUGGUCUUUGAACCAGGCCCGCUCAAUCAGGACUAACCUUACAGCGAGUGGACCAAGGCCUAAUCCCCAAGGAUCCUACCAUUACGGGCUCAUAAACACGACCAAGACAAUCAUUCUGUCUAGUUCACCUGGUCAAGUUAACCGCAAGCAAAGAUACGCGAUUAAUAGUGUAUCAUAUGUUUCUCCAGACACACCUCUUAAGCUCGCUGACUACUUCAAAAUUUCCGGCGUUUUUCGCGUUGGAAGCAUAUCGGAUAGGCCCACUGGUGGUGGCAUUUACCUUGAUACAUCUGUUUUGCAAGCCGAUUACAGAUCUUUCAUUGAGAUUGUCUUCCAAAACAACGAGAACAUCGUUCAGAGCUAUCAUCUUGAUGGCUACUCUUUCUUUGUGGUUGGUAUGGAUGGAGGACAGUGGACAACUUCUAGCAGAAACAAUUACAAUCUCCGAGACGCAGUCGCGCGAUGCACCACUCAGGUAUAUCCUUAUUCAUGGACUGCUAUUUAUGUUGCUCUCGACAACGUUGGAAUGUGGAACUUGAGGACUGAGUUUUGGGCGCGACAGUACCUUGGCCAACAGUUUUAUUUGCGCGUUUACACAACAUCAACUUCAAUCAGAGAUGAGUUUCCUAUUCCAAAGAAUGCGCGACUCUGUGGUCGGGCAAGUGGGCGUCAUACACGACCCCUUUGA